AUGAGCACCUACACUGUGGGCCUCAAGGCCCUCCUCCCAACGCUUGGGCUCAUCUACGGCUUCCAGGCAGCCUGCGCCAGCAUCGCCGUGCCCCUCAAGACCGAAAAAUACUACGACCUAUGCGGCUCGCUCGGCUUCAUCUCGGCUGCCGGCGCUUCGCUCUACAUGCCCUGGAUCCGCGCCCGUUACAUUGACGGCUUCAAGAACAUCUCUCUGCCCACCACCCUGUCCGCCUUUCACCCGCGUCAGACCAUCAUGACGGGGCUCACCUUGUUCUGGGCCAUCCGGCUCGGCAGCUUCCUCUUCCAACGCAUCAAGAAGUCCGGCGGCGACAGCAGGUUCGACGAGAUCAAGCAGAGCCCGCCCAAAUUCUUCGGCGCAUGGAUGAUGCAGGCCACUUGGAUCGCGAUUACCGCGCUUCCCGUGUAUCUGGUCAACUCGAUCCCUAAGGCAUCGCAGCCGCCUCUGGGUGCGCGCGACUACAUCGGUCUUGCCAUCUGGAUCGCCGGCAUGGGGCUCGAGGUCACCGCAGACCGUCAAAAGUCGCAGUGGAGACAGGAUAGGGAGGAUGGAAAGCACAAGGAACCGUUUAUCAGCUCGGGCGUGUGGAGCUGGUCGCGCCACCCCAACUACUUUGGCGAAGUCAGCCUGUGGGCCGGCCAGUUUGUGCUGUCCACCUCGGCCAUCGCUAGCGCAGGCACAUUCUACCCGACCUGGGCGGUGGGAUUGGCAGCUCUCAGCCCGCUGCUCGAGUACGGUCUCAUCCGUUUCAUUUCCGGUGUACCCAUGCUCGAAAAGAGCGGCAACGACAAGCACAAGGAUAACCCGGAGUGGAAGAGGUACAAGGAGCAGGUUCCUUGCUUUGUGCCCUUUAUCGGAUCCAAGAACUGA